AACUUCAUUCCUUUCCAUCUUGGAGCCGGUUUUUAUUAUUUCCUUCAAAUUUGUCUUAAUCACGUUAUUUCCCAUUUAUAGCAUUAUUGAAAUAAAAUACAACGAAAUGGAUGACAUUAAAAGUAAAGCUGCAGAGACAGAGGCACUUAUAUCAAGCGUUCUAACCUCAAAUCCACUUCGGAUGACCAUCAGAGAUUUAGACCGACAAUUUAAGGAGUUAAAUGGAUAUCGAAUCCCGUUUAGUGAAUUAGGAUAUUGCAGUCUUGAGUCGUAUUUGCACUCAAUACCACAUUGUUUAACAGUUAAUGGUAGAGGUUAUGAUGCUGAGCUUUGCUUAAUGAUAAGUCAAAAAUCUGCGCACAUAGACAGUUUAAUUCGUAAACAAAGACCUCCAAAAAGAAAGCCAAGAUUAUCAAUUCAAAAUCCUCGGGUUAAUUUUAGUAAUCAUCAGCCCAUUUUUACUUAUCAAAGUCCACAAAUUCAAAAAUCAGUUCCAUUUGUUCAAAGGAGACGUUCGGAAGAAUUUCAUUUAAGAAAAACCCCAGAUAAUAAUAUUCAAAAUGUCCCAUCAACACUACAAAAUAAUAUCACACCAAAUAUACAACAUAUUCCUAGUUUGUUAAAUCAAAGUCUACGGCAACCUCACAAAAUAUUUGAAAAUGUUCCAUCAACAUCUCAAAAUAAUCAAAAUCCUUCAAUGGUUGAAGAAAAAAUUUCCAAUGCAGUUAACCCAAUUUCUUUAACAUCUAGAGGUGUAAUACCAAAAAGUUACAAUAACAAAAACAACUCUACAACAUUAAAGAAGAAUGUGCCAUAUUACAUUCAGAAUCGAUUAAAAGAAUUAAUUAGUAAUCAUCCCGAAGGUUUACAUAGUAGUAAAUUAAUUGAACUAUAUAAAAAAAAAUUUAAGCACAACUUAAAUUAUAGCAAUUAUGGCUACAAAUCGAUUACACAUUUUUGUUUAGAUUUUAAAACAAUUUUUGCUUUUAAACCUUUAGUAGGUGCAAAUCUUCAAAUUUAUGAUAAAGACUUAAAUUUAAAACUUGAACAUGGACCCGAAAAGGAUGAAAAAGACAUUGAAGAAAAACAAUUUGACGAUAUUAAUUGGGAGAAGACACAUCAAAAUAAAGAUCCACCAUUACCUGAUGGUAUUGAGGAUGUUCUGCUAGAGUUCCACAUGAAACAAUUAUUAAGUGAUGUUGUAUAUGAUGCAAAUAUAAUUCGACAAUGGAUUGAAACCGACGUUUCAUUGCAAGAUUUUAUUGAUAUUGAAGUAGCGGAAGUUUAUGAUCCAAGCAAAUUUUGGAUACAUCUUCGACAACAUUCAGAUAAUCUUAAUCGGCUUAUGGAUAAUAUGCAGAUAUUUUAUCGCGCUAAUAAAGAUAAAUAUUACAUUCCAUAUUACGCGAUACGUGAAGGGAUGUACCUCGCGAGCAUCUUUGAUGGGGAAUAUCAUCGCGCUAAAGUUGUUGAUUGCUCAAAGAAAAUGGAUGGUGACAUAAAAGUGUUUUACGUUGAUUAUGGGACGAUUGCUGUUGUUCGAGUUAAAACUGUUUGUUAUUUGACUGUGGAUUUUGUUAAUUUCCCCGCACAAGCGAUUAGGGCUAGAUUAUAUGGGAUACAACCCACUGUUAAGGAUGAAUUGUGGCCUCAACAAGCGUCCAGCAGGUUUUUGCAGUUAGUUCGCCACAAAAGUUUAGUUGCACAGAUUUACGACAUAGACGAAAAUGAUAUGAUUCUUGAUUUAAUUGUCGUGGAUACAUCAACGCCUGGCCGUGACCUUUUCAUAAAUGACCUCUUAAUCCAGGAACAAUUAGCAACAUUUUUCAAUGAGGAACCCAACGAAAAAUCAUCGAACGAUUGCACACCAACUGUACCCAAUGUUUAUUUAUAUCCGACGCAUGAAGAAUUCGAAACGGGUACAACUUUAACUUAUACUGCCAUGUUACACCUUCAGGCAUGCAAUUUUAGUUAUGACAGAAUAUUUCCGAAGUAUUUUAAGAAGAUUGAGAAUGUUGAAUCUAAAACUGAAGAUAGCAAUUCAAGUGAUGACGAAAUUAUUAAUGGGAAUAAUUUAGAAAUUGUUGAAAAGGAUUCAGAAAGUGUUAAAAAUGAUUCAGAAAAUAAUACAGAAAUUAUUGAAAAUGAAUUAAUUGCCCCAUCAAUUGGAAGUGUUCCUGAACAUUUCAUUAGUACUUUGGAAAAUAGAAAUUCGUUAAGACCACCACCUGGUUUUCGCAAUUUGCCUCAAAAUAGCUUUGGUGUUGAUCCUAACCUAACUUAUUUAAUGUUUCUUUCCACUAUGCAUGCUUGUAAGAUGAUGAAUUCGACAUAUAAUUAUUAUUAUCCCUAUCAACCUGAAAUACCUCAUCAACCUUUUUAUCACAAUUAUAUUCCACCACAUCUAAAUCAACCACCAAUGAUGAUGCCACCUUUAAAUUAUUAUAAUCCACCAUACCCUAUUGAUCAUAUGAAUUCACAACAACCUCAACAUUUUAACUUUUAUCCACCAAAUUAUCAACAGUAUCACAACGUUGUUAAUUAUAAUUGUUCACCAAAUAUUAAAUCUGAAAAUUCGUCUCAUUUAUGUGAAUCUGUUAUAAAUCGACCAAAAGAAAAUGUCAAUAUAAGAAAGUUCGAAUACAAAAAUGAUGAAAUUAAGAUAACACCUGAAAUAGGAGGUGAAAGAGAUAGAAGUGAAAAUUCUGAGAUUAGAUAUGAUAAAAUAGAUAAUUUGGUUGAAAAAGAACCUGAAAAGAAUGUAAAUCUUAAUAUGAUACCUGAAAUAGGAGGUGAAAGAGAUAGAAGUGAAAAUUCUGAGUUUGGGUAUGAUAAGAUAGAUAAUUUGGUUGAAAAAGAACCUGAAAAGAAUGUAAAUCUUAAUAUGAUACCUGAAAUAGGAGGUGAAAGGGAUAGAAGUGAAAAUCCUCAGUCACCUGAAAAGAAUUUAAAUCUUAAUAAAAACAAAAAAAGCAAAGAGGCUGUAAAUUCUUUUAAUUCAUCAGAAUUGAAAGUUAAAGAUUCAAAUGAAAGUAAAACACCAAAAGAAGUUGAAGAAAAUAAAACUUCUAAAAAUUUAGAUCUUGAAGCUUCAAAUAAUGUAGUUGUCCAAACCAUAAAGGUCGAAGAAAACGAAAAAAAUUUGAUUGAAAAUUCUUGUGUAGAACAAAUUACAAAUUCUUUCAAAUCAAUGGAAUCCAAUCUUAAAGAUGUGAAUCAACAAAACGAGAAUAAACGAAAUUUAAACGAUGAGGAUGAUAAUGAAAAAAAUUUGACAGAAAUGAUUCCAGAAAAGAAUUCAACAGAAUCUAAUUUUGAUGAUUUAAAUCAAAACACCAUAACGAAAUCAUCCAAUAAUGAAAUUGACGAAAAGAUGAUUGAAAGUCCCAUUAAGAGUUUAAAUAUUUUAAAUGCAACUAAUGAUGAAUAUCAAUCAGCAUUAGAAAAUGAAAUAAAAAUUACUUUUCAUGAUUUUGGAUCGGCAUCUUUACACAUCGUCACUGAUAGCGAUGAUAAAUAUUUGAUACUUCAAGAAUUUCGAAAAGAACUUUUAAAUUCGUUUCCUCUUGAAAUAGUUCGGCGCGCGAUCGCGACUGCUCCCGUUUUAAUUAAUAUAGACAAUAUUUUGUUGGAUGAAAUCCCCUCUGAUUUAAAAGCUGAUAUGUUAACCAAUAACAUAAUUACAAGCAGCUGUAAUAAAAUCGAUAUUUUUCCUGUUAAUCAAAUAAGAGAGGUGUUUAGGGCUAUAUAUGGAAACGUUUCGAUAAAGCCAGAACAUGAUAUUUUUCUUAAAGAAAUUGACUGUUAUUUUACAAAUAACAAUGAUGGAUCUGAUUAAAUUGGUUUCAAUAUUAAAUACUUUAAUAAGAAUCUUUAAUUUAGUUUUAAGUUGUAUUAAAACAAAUUGUUAAAACAAAAUAUUCUUUUGUGUUUGUGUUACCAAUUUGAGUAAGGCUAUAAGUAUUCUUUUAAUCGUUAAAUGUUUGUUAUGAAUGAGUUUUUAUUUUUUUUUAUAGGUUUUACUUUAGUUUCCCGUUAAUAUGCGGUAGGCACUUUUUUUAUUUGCAUUGUGAUUCUUUUUAUAUUAAAUUAAAAAUGAAAAUA